CAUUUUUGUUUCGGCGGAUUUUGUACUUUUAUAAACUAAACUCAAAGUUAAAAUGUUAAUAGCGUUUGUCCUAUUAAAUUUCUUACAGUUUCAAAUAAUAAGUAACGUAGAAACACAAUGUGGGUGCAAUGUAAAUCGUGAUAAAACUGACCGUAAUGAUAAAAAAAAAAGUUUUUAUAACACUAUAUCAACAAACCAAUGUCUUAUUAGGGAUCGAAAUGAAAAUGCCGUCGCAGAAAUGGUUUUUAUUCCAGGAGACACUUAUCAGUUUGGUACCGAUGAUAUUAUUAUAGAUAGUGAUAGGGAAGGUCCAAAAAGAUUGCUAUUAUUAAAAAGUUUUUACAUAGAUAAGUUUGAAGUUUCGAACAGGGAUUUUAGUGUUUUUACUGAUUCAACCAAUUAUAAGACUGAAGCCGAAAAAUUUGGUGAUAGUUUUGUGUUCACACUUUUUCUCAAUAGUACAUUUAAGGAGAAAUUAAAAGAUUACCGCGUGAUGCAAGCACCUUGGUGGUACAAAGUUUCUGGAACAAACUGGAGAAAUCCUUUCGGUCUAAAUUCCAAUAUAACAGAUAUAAUGGAUCACCCAGUAAUCCAUGUAUCAUGGAAUGAUGCAAAAGCCUACUGUGCUUGGAGAAGUGCUAGAUUGCCCACUGAAAUGGAAUGGGAAGCAGCCUGUCGUGGUGGACAUAACAACUAUACCUACCCAUGGGGGGACAAACUCUUUCCUAAUAGAAAGCAUAUGGCUAACAUAUGGCAAGGGACAUUUCCAAAUCACAACUCAGCAAAAGAUGGAUACAUUGGCACAAAUCCAGUACACCUGUUUCCACAGAAUGAUUUUGGUCUCUACAAUAUAGCUGGCAAUGUUUGGGAAUGGACUGAAGAUUUCUGGUCCAAUGACAAUCCGAACGAGAAGGUAAAGAAAGGUGGUUCAUACUUAUGCCAUCGAUCAUACUGCUAUAGAUACCGAUGCUCUGCACGUUCGCAUAAUACUGACGACAGUUCUGCUGGCAAUUUAGGAUUUCGCUGUGCUAAAUCAGCAUAAUUUAUCUGUCCAUUUUACAGGAGAUUUUGAUACGAAUUUCACAUACAAGUACUUAAUAGUCCAUAUUAUUAAGAAUGCUAUUGAUUCUAGUAUGUAAGUCUUGAAUUAUUUUUAUGUGUCUAGUCUCAUUAUCGUUAUGAAUAAAACUAUUUUUUUGUGUCUAAGAGGUAAUUUCUUUGUUGUAACAUUUCUUGUAACAGGUGUUGCAGUAGAAAAUGUAGUACAAAAAUUUAUCUUAUAAUUUAUUUGCAUUUUGUAUAAAAAUUGCAAUAUUACAUAAACGGAUUUCAAUAUCACUAAUGAAACAAAGUUUAUAUUUACAACAAAAUGGCGAGCUUAGCUUGUACCUGCUAAUUAUAACACAGCUGUAUGGAGAAUGCAAAGCACCUAAUUUCAGAUAAGUACAAAACAAAAA